AUGAAGGAAGGUUUGCGAAGCCAAACCUGUCGUCAUGGGAACUGGUUCCAGGGUUUGAUCCAACAAAAACGGGUGGGAUGGGGCCCAGAAACCCCAGUUACCAUAGCGACGCGGUCCGGGUUUCUGGUGUUCCUCACUCGCAAGUCGCAACCCCCUCCAUUCUCGAAUUUCCAUCUGAAUGAAGAGAAAAUUGGGAUUUUCCCAACUUUGGCUCUUGAGAUCAUUCUUCUGGAAAAUCAGCGUCGCGAUCAGCAGCAGCAGCAGCAGUGCGAAAAAGAAAUGCCAUCAGUGGCCGGGUCCCCCAAUAACAGGAAAGCAACUGCAGGAACAAUUAGUGACACUGAUAACGCGAUGGAAACGAGUCUGCGGUCGGGUCACAUCCCAUCAGACCUACCUGACCUGCUGAAAUCCUUCACCAAGGCAGCCAUCAGGACCCUGCUGGGAAGAUUGUUGUUCGUUCCGGUUUUGAUCUCGCGGUUUUUCUUCUACCGCGUCUUUGAAAGUUGUAGAACGUCAGUCGCAGUUUCAGAGCUGACCCGAGACCUUCCAUGCUGGAAAGCACCGCCAACAAAGAAUACCGGAUUCACGCUGAAAUUGAGUGUCACCUGUUGCGUGAUUUCUGCCAUGCCCUGGUAUGAUGUCAAGCGUCAGCUAGAUGACGCUCCAAAGCAACGCCGAGGUUCCUCAGUGCGUGAGAAGCCGCGGAUCCCUCUGCAUCUCAUUAAAACAAACAGCGAUGGCCAAAACAUUUUGAUAGUCGCCGGGGACGAGGCGAAACAUGACACCCCGUCGAAUUUUCGUCACAAACCGGAGUUCGAUUGCAAAAAUCGAGGAUCAGGAAAAACCCUGGAAAGACAGAGGGCGGCCUUGGCUGCCGGUCGCCGCAACGCCGUCGUCGUCGUCGCUUCCUCGUCAUCGUCGACACCGUCGUUGACGCGUGGCGACACUGGGGAUGCUGACGACACUGAACCCGCCGCGGAAGUUGGCUUCGGGCCCGAACCCGGGAACCUCGGGAACCCGGCGAUGGCGGGCGGCGAUGAGGAGGUGGUGCUGUGCACGCAGCAUGAUGGCGCAGGCUCGUCGGUGUCGGUGUCGACGUCGUCUAGAAAUACUUCCCCGCUGCGCAGUGUCCGCGUGAGGCUGCUGAGGGACCUCACGCACAGGAUCCACGGGCUCCACCAUCAUCAUCAUCAAGAGCCGCCACAUUCAUCACCGCCGCCGCCGCCGCCGCAUCAGAAGCGCCUCCUGUGGUCGUCGCCGUCGCCGGUAGCGUCCCUCAGCAGGAAGUCGUCCAUCCCCGAGUGCCUCCUCGCCGCCGCGGCGACCAACAGCAGUGCCGCCGCCGCCUGCGUAGGCGCUCUCGUCGUCUCCACCGCGGUGGACGCCACUUCGGCAGUCAUGGCGACGUCGUCGUCGUCGCCCGAGCCGCCGGACCCGGCCCGUGGCGGCUCUUCCGACAGCCUGGAAGACGCGUCGUUUGCGUCUGCGUCGUCCACGCUCAGCGGCGACAUCUGUGUGACUACGGGCGAGCGAAUGUCGAGUCCGAGUGACGCUCUGUGGGCGGACGCCGGAGAGGAUCAGAUGGCGGCGGAAGCACCAGCACCAGCACAGAGCCCAGCAGCAUCAGCUGCUGGGACACACCAGUUGCGGGUUGUGGAUGACGAGAGUCUGUCCAGGCUGCUGAGCAUCAUCAACAAGGCCAGCAGCUGUCCCGGGGCCGAGGCUGGGGGGACUCCUCUUCAUCAUCAUGCGACCCAGUCCUUUUCAGCAGCAAGCAGGCCAAAGAUCAACACCAGGGGUGGUAUUUUGAGACUGGAAACCCAGAAAACUUACUCCUCGGUGGCUGGUCUCGACGACCAACUUCACGAGUCCCAUUAUGAAUAUUCUCUGCUGAAAACCGGGAAAAUUUCUUCAAAGUCGAGACCCAACAGGAAAAAGAACAAUUUAAAUAAGGGUGGUAUUUUGAGACUGGAGACCCAGAAAACUUACUCCUCGGUCGCUGGUCUCGACGACCAACUUCACGAGUCCCAUUAUGAAUACUCUCUGCUGAAAACCGGGGAAAUUUCUUCAAAGUCGAGACCCAACAGGAAAAAGAACAAUUUAAAUAAAUACGUGGGCAUCUACAGACAGCGAAGUCUGCCAUUCCGCAGCGCGUCAUUUUCGCACGUGGACCGCGAGCCAGCGACACCUGGCGGCACCAUGUCCCAGUCCAUGUCCACGUCAUCGUCCCCGUCACCAGCGAGUGCGGGCCAAAAGCUCCUCAGACUCUUCCACCUGAAACCCGGCUCCUAUGCCCAUUCCAAGGACGCAGCAGCUGGUGUCAAGCACCAGCAUCAACAUCAACAGCAAGAGCAUCAAGCAGCGACUGCCAGCAAUAAAAUCCCGGCGCCGAUCGGAGAGGAACCCGUUCAAAUGGCGGGCAAUUUUCAGCAACAGGUGCGGACGUCGACUCUGUCGCUGGACUCUGCUGUGGGCCCUUUUAAAUCGCGUGCAAAAGUCGGAAGUUGGUGGGGUGGGGGCGAGAAGCGGAAGGAAGGAAGGAAGGAAGUAGUCCUGCAGCAGCCGAGUGUCUGGAGACUGACUGACUGGCAGCAGUGUGCUGGUUUUCCUCUCUAUGCCCCCUCUGUCGUUUUUCACAUCCCCUGCCAAGGUUCAGAGGAGACACCUGGCCAGCUGGGUCUUGUUCACUUUUCUGCGAGAAUAAAGGGGGGGUUCGACUCAGAGGGGGGGUUCAACUGCUAUCGCGGGGUAUUCGGGUUCGCCUGGUCUUUUAGUCGAGGGCAGACCAACAGUGUGCUGUUGCUCAUCGAGGCCUCGUCGUUGUCUGCCAAAUUAUAA